ACCGUAAAAAUAUGUACACGGCGUUGGUGUACGUGGCCAACUAUAAAAGAAAUUCCCACUUCACUUCAAGUCUUUGCGUUUCAUACUUCGAUGGUAUGGUGGCGCUCGUGAUCCACCGGGGGGAGGGUGUAACCAGGAUGGAAGAGCCGAAGACGAGUGAUUCAGCGGCCAUGUUUAGACCGGAGUUGAGCAAACAGUUUGUUUCCGAAGAUCCCGGGUUUUAUACUGAAUAAGGUACUCUGACUCAGUCUGAGUGAGUUUGCAAACUUUUGCUACAACCCCAGGAAGCUGUGCCUUUCCUGAAGCCACCAUGGACCCUUACGACCAGGCUCGCCUUAGGAAAAACCACACCAAACUCAUGGACAAUAUAGAGGCCCCUCACCUCGUCAACUACCUUUACGAAAAGGAGGUCCUCUCAAUAGAUGACAUAGAAAGAAUAGAAGCCAAAGCAACAACUAGGGACAAGAACUUUCAACUUCUUACCAUGCUGCCAAGGAGAGGGGAGGAUGCUUACGGACAUUUUGUUGCUGCCAUGAAGGAUCAGAAAGUGAGUGUUUAUGAUGAGGUGGUUGAACUCUUGGAGAAGACAGACAUGAGUGACGUGGACCCGAAAAAGUUUUCAUCGUCAUCAUCAUCACAAGGAGGAGCAUCAGGAGUCACCACUUUUAGUCGGAGUACGGCAAACUCGAUGCAGAUAUCGAACACGUCGAUAGUCCACGGCUCUGGAAACAUUGUCAUCAACACAGGGUCGGGGUGUACCAUCAACAGAUACACCAACACUCCCCCAGCCAGACCAGCGGGCAGGGGGGCUAUCAAGAAACCUCCAGAAAAACGAAAAUAGUCACAUCAAUGCAUGUUCAGACCUACAUUAAGCAGAAUCA